CAAGAUUUACACGCAUUGUUGCAAUUCUGCUUUCAGUCUCACAUCACAUCUUCUUUUGUAGUUCUUCAUUCAUAAUUUCUUUGUUACUAGAGAGAAAUGGAAAGUGGCGGCAAAUUGAAGAAGGGAGCUGGGGGAAGGAAGGGCGGCGGUCCGAAGAAGAAGCCCGUUUCCCGGUCCGUCAAAGCCGGCCUCCAGUUCCCGGUGGGCAGGAUCGGACGGUAUCUGAAGAAGGGACGAUAUUCGGAGCGGGUGGGUACAGGUGCGCCGGUUUACAUGGCUGCCGUGCUCGAGUACCUUGCUGCAGAGGUUUUGGAAUUGGCUGGAAAUGCGGCGAGAGACAACAAGAAGAACAGAAUCAUUCCGAGGCACGUUUUGCUCGCAGUGAGGAACGAUGAAGAGCUCGGAAAGCUUCUAGCUGGAGUGACAAUCGCACACGGAGGCGUUCUACCGAACAUCAACCCAGUUCUUCUGCCGAAGAAGUCUGAGAAGGCGGCGGAGAAGCCAGCUAAGUCCCCAACCAAGGCCACCAAGUCGCCGAAGAAGGGUUAACUGAUCCAUGUUCUUGUGAAGUGUAGAAUUGAAUGACAUUGUUGGGUUUCUUGAAGUUCAAUGAAGGUAAUUUGAACGAGUGCUGUGUAGUGAAGGAUGUUUAUAACUGGAGUAAUUGUACUUCAUCCUCUACAGUUGCUUUUUAGAUCCUCCACUAUAUAAAUUUAAUGGGAAGAUUAUCUCUCUUUUUUUUGGGUACUUGUGAAAUCGAGUUUUUGUCUUUGCAAGGGGCCAUGAAUAUUUGUAAUAGCAUUAGAAUUAAUUAGGAGGGUCAUACUUUGGAAAUUUCUUUGUGUCAAGAAAAGAUGCCAAUUUCUUGAGUUUCUACGUUGGAGAAAGAUGAGUUAUAAGGGGUGAUGCCGAGUUUGAUAAUGGCAGUGGUGUCCUCUUGCAGCA